CUUUCUAUCCCUCCACUCCCUCUUAUCUGCUGCGCCAUCCUCCCCGGCCUCCACCAUGGCCACAGCCGCCGCGGCCACCGCCUCCUCCUCCCUCCUCGCGCCGGCGGCCAGCAGCACGGCGCCGGCCUCGUCAAACGCGCUGCUGUUCCCCUCCUCCGUGCCGUCGCUGCGUGCGUACCCGCGGCUCCUCCUCGCGUUCCGCCGCCCCGCCGCGGCCGCCAUCGCCGACCCGCAGGGGGCCGUGCUCGAAGAGGAGGCGGAGGUCGACCAGCAGGGCCAGUACGACGACGACGACGGGUAUGAGGGCGGGCGCGGCCCCGCGUUCACGGCCCCCACGCGCCCGCGCACCGGCAAGGCCGCGCUACUGCUUAAGCGCGACCGCACGAGGUCGAAGAGGUUCCUCGAGAUACAGAAGCUGAGGGAGAGCAAGAAGGACUACGACGUGCCCACCGCCAUCUCGUUGAUGAAGCAGAUGUCCAGUGCCAAGUUUGUUGAGUCAGCGGAGGCGCACUUCCGCAUGAAUCUCGACCCCAAGUACAAUGACCAGCAGCUCCGGGCCACGGUGAAUUUGCCCAAGGGAACAGGCCAGUCGGUGAAGAUUGCGGUUCUCACACAAGGUGAGAAGAUAGAUGAAGCUAGAGCUGCCGGAGCUGAUAUCGUAGGUGGAGAAGAUUUGAUUGAACAAAUAAAAGGAGGAUUUAUGGAGUUUGACAAAUUGAUUGCAUCACCUGAUAUGAUGCCUAAGGUUGCGGGCUUAGGUAAGAUUCUAGGACCAAGAGGACUGAUGCCUAACCCCAAAGCUGGCACUGUUUCUUCAAAUAUUACUCAGGCUAUAGAAGAGUUCAAGAAAGGGAAGGUUGAAUACAGGGUUGAUAAAUCAGGAAUUGUUCAUAUUCCAUUUGGCAAGGUUGACUUUCCAGAGGAAGAUCUCAUUGCAAACUUCAUGUCUGUUGUUCGCUCUGUUGAGAGGAACAAGCCAUCUGGUGCUAAGGGGAUAUACUGGAAAACGGCGUACUUGUGCUCAUCCAUGGGACCUUCUAUCAAGCUAAACAUAAAAGAAAUGCUUGACUAUGGUUUGGAAUCAUCUGACUAGAUGUGACCACAGGCACCAGUUAAGUCAGCUGGCAUCGUUAUCACCUUCACAGAUUAACUAUCUGCCCCUUGCGACAAAUGAGCAGAAACAUGGUUGGUGUAUGGCAAGCAGGUGCUUAGGUACAGUUUUC